UACAUCGCCGGCUCAAGAUCAGGACUUUGGAGAGCGCAGCGGAAAGAACCAAACGCAACCAACUUUCUCAAGAGCACAUGUGUAAAGCGAUGUUACAACGAACCGGCCCCCAGCUGCUUCUCUUAAUAGCCCUGUGCAGUGUGUUGUACUCCCGGACUCUGAGUCUGCCAUACACAUCCAUGAGACCGACGAGACACGCAGACGGUCUGUUCACCAGCGGAUACAGCAAACUCCUGGGACAGCUAUCAGCGCGGAGGUACCUGGAGUCUCUGAUCGGCAAGCGGGUCAGUGACGAGCUGAUGGAGGAGCCAGUGAAGCGUCAUUCAGACGCCAUCUUUACAGACAAUUACAGCCGCUUCCGCAAACAGAUGGCCGUCAAAAAGUACCUGAACUCAGUCUUAACAGGAAAGAGAAGCCUAGAAGAUCCUGGAACCACCGACCCGGAGGAGUCCAGGGACGAACCCAACACUUUCCAGGAGAGCUACGAUGACAUCAACGUAGAUCACCUCCUAAACAACUUUCAACUGCCACUUUGAGGAGGGGCCCGAGGCCUCGAGUGAAUACCUCAACUCAUCCUCAUGAAACAUUCCCCAUUCCAAAAACAACAUGGUAUUAAUCCAAAGGACAUUCAGAAGUCAAAUGAACCAACAAUGAUGUGUUCUCCAAUGUGGUUAUCUAUCUAUCCAUCCACACAGUACAUGUUUACACUGUAUAUAUACAGUAUAUAUACACAAUACUAAUCACUAAUGAUUCUGGCCCAAAGACUCUUUGGGCUGCACCGAGCAACAUGCGUGUCUUUUGAAGAUGGCAACAGUAAAUGUAAACAGAAGUACCACGUUUGCUCUCUUUCUAAGAUCAAUGUUGUUCCAUUCAUUUUCAGUGGAAACAUUUCUCCCCU